UGGCUCAGUCGCACACCGGCGCUUUUGACCAGCGGAAGCAAUUCCGCAGUGGUUGACGGAACUUGGUGAUGUGGCCCCCAUUCCCCUCCCCCUGUACCGGAAUGUCGGAAGAAACCCGACAGAGCAAAUUGGCAGCUGCUAAGAAAAAGUUGAGGGAGUAUCAGCAGAAGAACGGUUCUGGUACUCCUGCAGGAGUAAAGAAAAAACGGAAGAUCAAAAAUGGGAGUUGCUCAGAAACAACAGCUUCUGAUGGUUGUCACUCCCCUGAGGAUAUUCAGGACAUCCUGAAGGUGCUGGUGUCCGACCUUAACCGCUCCAAUGGGGUAGCACUCCCCCCAUUGGACAAGUGGCAGGCGCCCAAAGACCGCGCCACUCCUGCCAUACCAACAGUUGAUGGCACCGUGACAUCUGAUGGUGUCCCUUCGCCUUAUGCUAGUCCCCUUCAUCUUACUAGCAUGGCGUCAGUUCAGGCGCCCAAAGACCGCGCCACUCCUGCCAUACCAACAGUUGAUGGCACCAUGACAUCUGAUGGUGUCCCUUCGCCUUAUGCUAGUCCCCUUCAUCUUACUAGCAUGGCGUCAGUUCAGGCGCCCAAAGACCGCGCCACUCCUGCCAUACCAACAGUUGAUGGCACCAUGACAUCUGAUGGUGUCCCUUCGCCUUGUGCUAGUCCCCUUCAUCUUACUAGCAUGGCGUCAGUUCAGAGUCACCAUGCAGAAAAUGGCCCGAUCCUUACGGAUGAAAACGAAUGUCUGUCAUCUACGGAGAGCCUGCGACAAAUUUCUCAGCAGCUCAAUGGCAUUGUGUCCGAGUCUUCAUCCUGCGUCAAUGGAGAGGGCCUGUCAUCUGCUAAUAUGAAGGAUCUGGAGAGCCGGUACCAAGAGCUAUCACUAGCCCUGGACUCCAGCAAUCUAACAAACAAACAACUCAGUAACAAGAUAGAAGAAUUGAAGCAACAAAACCAGGAAUCUUUGGACCAACUGGAAAAAGAGAAGAAGGAGUUUGAGCAGAAGCUUGCCAAGGAGCAAGGCUCUCUAAGGGAGCAACUGCAGGUUCAUAUUCAGACAAUAGGAAUUUUGGUGUCUGAGAAAAAUGACUUACACACCGCCUUGGUGCAUACCCAGCAGGCAGCCAGGCAAAAAGCAGGAGAAUAUGAAGAUCUUGCUAGUCGUCUGCAGUCUUCCCGCCAGCGUAUCGGAGAACUGGAGCGCACCCUGUCUGCCGUCUCCACGCAGCAGAAACAGGUGGAGAGGCACAACAAUGACCUAACCAAAGAACGAGAUGCCUUGAAGCUGGAGUUAUACAAGAACAACAAAAACACCGAGGACCUGAAGCAGGUGAACUCGGAAAUGGAAGAGAGGAUUCGGGUGUUGGUGAACGAGAAGGCAGGCAUGAAGCUCAAGAUAGAGGAGCUGCAGAAGGAUCUGGAGAUGUCAGAGCUUCUGAUGCAGCAGUUAUCUAGUGAGUCGAAACCCCACGAUAGCAACCAGGAGUUAAAGAAGGCCCAUGAAGACCGGGCACGCCUGGAGGCCCGCGUGGAGCAGCUGAGCGAUUUACUGAAGCAACUGCAGCUGGAAAGAGACCGUUAUAUGCAAAAUAUGAAGGAGGACACCGCUUACUGGCAAGACAAAAUGCGGCAAAUGUCCGAACAUGUGCACAAACUGAGGGAUGAGAAGGACCGCAGUGACUGUCAGGUGCGGGAACUGGAGGCCAGCGUGGCCGCACUGAAGAGGCAGCUAGUGGUGCCUCCAGCCCCAGAGCCCCCAGCCGGGCCCUCGGAGGAGGAGCAGCGGCUGCAGAUGGAGGCCGAGCAACUACAGAAGGAACUGGAGAUCCUGGCGGGGCAGCUGCAGGCCCAGGUAAAAGACAACGAAGGUCUGAGUCGCCUGAACCAGGAGCAGGAGCAGCGGCUGCUGGAGCUGGAGCGCGCCGCCGAGUGCUGGGGGGACCAGGUUGAGGAGCGCAAGAAGAUUCUGGAGACCAUGCAGAACGACCGCACCACCAUCAGCCGCGCGCUGUCCCAGAACCGCGAGCUCAAGCAGCAGCUGGCUGAGCUGCAGGACGGCUUCGUCAAGCUGUCCAAUGAGAACAUGGAGGUUACCAGUGCGCUGCAGACAGAACAGCACAUCAAGAAUGAGCUGGCCAAGAGGCUGGGCGAGCUGCAGGAGAAGCUAGGGGAGCUGAAAGAAACAAUAGAGCUGAAGAACCAGGAGGCCGAGAGCCUGCAGCAGCAGCGCGACCAGUACGUGAGCCACCUGCAGCAGUAUGUGGCCGCCUAUCAGCAGCACGUGGCUGCCUACCAGCAACUGGCUUCAGACAAGGAGCUCCUGCAGAGGCAGGUCCUGGUGCAGACCCAGCUCAUGGACCGGCUGCAGAACGAGGAUAUUGAGGUCAAGAUGGCGGCAGAGAAGGCCCGCCAAGAGUUAGAGGAGACCCAGGGACGCCUGGAAGCUGCCACCCAGCAGAACCAGCAGCUCCAGGCCCAGCUGAGCCUCAUGGCUAUGCCUGGGGAAGGAGACGGACCGGACGAAGAGAAGGACGAGGCGGCCGCCCGUCCGAAGCUGAGCGUGCCGGAGGGCCUGGAUAGCCGAGAGGCCGUGGUGGCAUUUUUUAACUCGGCCUUAGCCGGUGCCGAGGAAGAGCAGGCCCGGCUGCGAGGGCAGCUGAAACAGCAAAAGCUGCGUUGUCAGCGCCUGGCUCACCUGGUGGCCCCUGGCCAAGAGCAGGAGGCAGGUGACAAGGCCCCCGGGAGCGGGGGCGACAGUGUGCCUGUGGAGACCCACCAGGCCCUCCAGGAGGCAAUGGACAAGCUGCAGGGCCGCUUCACGGUCCUCAUACAGGAGAAGGUGGAUCUGAAGGAGCGAGUGGAUGAGCUGGAGCAUCGGUGCGUCCAGCUUUCUGGAGAGACGGACACUAUUGGAGAGUAUAUUGCCCUCUACCAGAGUCAGAGGGCCGUGCUCAAGGAGCGGCACCGGGAGAAGGAGGAAUAUAUUAGCCGGCUGGCACAGGACAAGGAGGAAAUGAAGGUGAAGCUGCUGGAGCUGCAGGACCUGGUGCUUCGCCUGGUCAACGAGCGUGACAAAUGGCAGGGCAAGUACCUGGCCCCUGCCCAGAACCCUGCUGGGGAGCCUGCUGUGGCGCCCCCAGCCCGAGAGCUUGGCGAUGCCAAUGGCCAGGGUGAUAUCCAAGAGGUGAACCUGGCCAGCGAAGAGAGUGUGGCACCUCCCCAGGGAGAGGCCCUGCUGGGCCGCAGUGCCUCCGAGAACGCCACUGCACAGCAGAUCAUACAGCUGCUGCGAGAGAUGCAGAACACCCAGCAGCGCCCAGGCUUGGGCGACAACCCCUGCAUCCCCUUCUUCUACCGGCCUGAUGACAACGACGAGGUGAAGAUCAUUGUGAUCUAAGCCCGUCGCCAACAAACAACAUCUGAAGCAAUGGGGCUGGGGGCUCUGCCCCCACCCUGUCCCUGCCACCCCAUCCUUCCUUCAUGGCCCUGCCACCCUAUCAUUCCUUCAUGUCCCUGCCACCCUAUCAUUCCUUCCCAGGUACCUUUUUUUCCGUACACUAGCAAGAUAGAACCCCUAAAAAGGGGUAUGAUAAGCCCCCUAAUGGGGAGAAAUAGCUCCAGGCAAGAGCUGGAUCUUUAUAUCUGGACUCUUCGCGGUUCCGGAAAAACAAAGAGCCACAGACUCAAUAAGAUAAAAUAGUUUAUUUAUAGGUAUGAAAAGACGCCUAAAAAAAAAAAAUUAAAAAAAAAAAAUAAAAAAAAUAAAAAAAUAGAAAAUAAAAAAAAAAAAGAAAAGCUCCCUAAUGGGGAGAAAUAGGUGCAGACCCCUUGCCACCCAGGCAAAGGCUGAUCUUUAUAUCUGGAUUCUUCGUGGUUCCGGAAAAAGAAACAGGUAGAGGCUCAGUAAGUUACAUAGUUUAUUUAUAGGUAUGAAAAGCCCCC